GUGUACUCCACCUCACUGCAUGCUGGAGCUCAGCUCAUGGCGCUGUGUGAGGAGGAGGCAGUGAUGCACACCGCUACAAGUUGAGCACUGGGUGUGUGUUUCUGGGAGAUGUGUGUGUAACAGGACACGGUGUGAUCGUGAAGCUGCAUGGACGGAAUCGUGUAGAGGAGAAACCCUGACUCCGUGUGUGUGUGUGUGUGUGUGUGUGUGAAGCUGAGCUCCUGCGCUCGUGCAUCUCCGGGCUCCACACCGCUCCGUCUCGCUUUCUCGCGGAUUUGAUGGAUGCAUGAUCGGGAGGUGAUGCCCAUUUAUGUCAUCGAUCGCAAAUUUCCAGACACACCUGGUGAAUUGCCACAGGCUGCUCCAGAAGGACAGCACACUAUGGCUGAAAACAACACGCAAAAGAAGAAGUCUCGGUGGACGUCGCUGGAGAUAGGCCUCCUGACCAUCGUAUCACUGCUUUUUGUAGUCGUGCUAGCCCUCAUCAUCCUCUUUGUUACGCAAAACAGCAGAAGUGAUGGAGUUUGCACUACAGCUGACUGCACACGGUCGGCAUCUCGCCUCAUUGAGAACAUGGACCCUACAGCAGACCCAUGUAAAAACUUCUACCAGUAUGCCUGCGGAGGCUGGCUGAAAAAGAACAUCAUCCCUGAAACCAGCUCACGCUACAGCACCUUCGACAUCCUCCGGGACGAACUGGAGGUUGUGCUUAAAGGAGUACUGGAGAGAGAAGAUAGCACCAGUGGUAGCAGCUCUUUAGCCAAAGCCAAAACCCUCUAUAGGUCCUGCAUCAAUGAAAGUCUCAUUGAACAGAGAGGUGGAGCGCCUCUAAUCUCAAUGCUGCCAGAUAUCUUCGAGUGGCCUAUUGCAAUGGACGACUGGGACACCAAAUUUGGGGACAAAUGGAGGGCAGAAGAUGCCAUAGCCAGACUGAAUGAGAAAUAUGGGAAGCAAGUCCUAAUUAGCUUUUUUAUUGGCACAGACGACCGAGACUCCAAUUCCCAUAUCAUUCAUUUCGACCAGCCAAGCCUUGGCCUGCCCUCCAGAGACUACUAUGUCUGCAUGGGGCCCUAUGAAGAAGCCUGCGUCACGUACGAGAACUUCAUGGUUGAUCUCGCUGUGCUGGUCCGAAAAGACAGAGCCUUAGGGGUGAAUGAGACAGAAAUCAGAGAGGAAGUGACCAGGGUCAUGCAGAUGGAGAAGGAGAUCUCUAAUGCUACAGACACACCUGAAGACAGAAACAAUCCUGUUCUCCUCUAUAACAAGAUGCCCCUGGAGACACUCAACACUAACUUCACACUUGAGUUCGAGUCCACAGUUUUUAACUGGACUCACUUUACUAAUAAGAUUAUGGAUACAGUCAGUCUUCCCAUUGAGGACAGUGAGCAAGUGAUCCUUUAUGCCCCUAACUACUUGAGGAGGCUCAACCCUGUCCUGGCUAGGUACACAAAGAGAGACAUCCAGAACUACAUUGUGUGGCGUUUUGCUAUGAACAUGGUGGUUGGUCUGAGCAGAGCGUACAGAGACACCAGGAAAGCUUUUAAAAAAGCCAUCUCUGGUACCAGUUCAGAGGCAGCGAUAUGGAGGCAGUGUGCCGUCUACGUCAACAACAACAUGGAGAAUGCUGUUGGCAGACUGUACGUGGAAGAAGCCUUUGCUGGAGACAGCAAGGACAUGAUGGAUGAGAUGAUUGCUGGCAUCAGAGAGGUGUUUGUUAGUAACCUACAAGACCUUGCCUGGAUGGAUGAUGAAACCAAGAAAGCUGCGGAGGAGAAGGCUCGAGCUAUUCGAGAGAGAAUCGGGUUCUCGGAAAACAUCAAGAACAAUACAUAUUUGGAUGAGGAAUACAAAGAACUAAGCUACAGUUCAGAGGAAUACUUCGAGAACAUCCUGAAAAAUCUGGAGUUCGGUCAGAAGAAACGACUGAAGAGGUUGAGGGUGAAAGUGAACAAGGAAGAGUGGAUCUCGGGAGCAGCGGUGGUCAACGCAUUCUAUUCAUCCAGCAGAAAUCAAAUAGUAUUUCCUGCUGGUAUCCUCCAGCCUCCUUUCUUUGGUAAAGGACAGCCCCAGUCUCUCAACUAUGGCGGCAUUGGCAUGGUGAUCGGCCAUGAGAUUACUCACGGCUUUGAUGAUAAUGGCCGUAACUUUGAUAAAGAUGGAGACCUGAAGGACUGGUGGACUCCGUCCUCAACACAGAAGUUCCAGGAGCUCUCGAAAUGUAUUGUGGACCAGUACAGCAGCUUCUCCUGGGACCUGGCCAAUGGACAGAAUCUUAAUGGGAAUAACACCCUUGGGGAGAAUAUUGCAGACAAUGGGGGCAUUCGCCAGUCUUAUCAAGCAUACCAGAAUUACAUCAAGAAGCAUGGAAAGGAAGCUCCAUUGCCUGGAAUUGACCUUAACCAUGAGCAGCUCUUCUUCCUAAACUUUGCUCAGGUCUGGUGUGGAACGCAUAGACCUGAACAUGCCGUCAACUCUAUUAAAACUGAUGUCCAUAGUCCAGGGAAGUUUAGGGUUCUCGGAUCUUUGCAGAAUUUCCCAGAGUUUGCCAAAGCUUUCCAGUGCCAGAAAAAUGACUACAUGGUGCCUGAAAAGAUGUGCCGAGUGUGGUGAUCACGCCACAUACAGGGACAAUAAGGGCAUUUAAUGAGCCCUCACUUCUCUCUUCUGACUGUACGACCACCACGGUCCCAGACUGGGAAUGUCUGAUGUUCUCCACAGGGUAGAUAAUACCUGGCUUCACCAAUGCAUUUCAAUCAUGUACAGACAUGGGGUGCUCUCUUAGUCCACUCCGACAUGUAACAAUCAGUUAAUUUUAGUCAGAAUAGAUCAUCAUGUGAUCUGUGGUGAUCUUCGGUUAUUGUUUAUAACAAGAUGAAAUGUAAAGGUAAUGUCAUAUAUUUAAAACUUUUUAUGUUAAUAUCAAAUCAAACUGUGAAUCGGGGAGAUCAGUAGCAUUUUGUAUGUUAAAGAUGUAUCAAUAUACAUUUAAACUUUAAUGGCAACUUUACUGAACUUUGGUUAGAUGAUAUUUGUAAUAUUUUACAAAACAUCCCAUACAGACCAAGAAAGGUAAAAAGGAAAAUGAUUUAAAAAAAAGUACGUUAAAUAUAUAGACACAGGGAUAUACUGUAUCUAGGGUAAUAUUACAGGUUUUACAGUAUUAGAAAUCACAAAUUCUUAAAUGUUAUAUUAAUAUGGCUUGUAUUGCACUGAAUGUUAUAUUGAUAACAAUGCAGGCAAACUUUAGUUGAAAAAAAAAAAGUAAUUCUUUGUUGAAAGGCUACAGGUUUAUAACCAUAUUAGUCACUGAUUUGAUAGACUUGAUAAUAAAUUUAUAUGUGCUUGGUGUACAUGGCAGAGUAAAUGAUAUUUUGACUUAGAACUAAUGAUGAUAUGAUGUCUAAUAUGCCAAGGUAUAUGGAUUGUGUGUUUGUAAAUGAGGUGCGUGUGUGUGUGUGAAAGAGUGUGACAAAUCAUUCUACAUAUUGACCAUCAAUGCCAUCAGUGAGAGACUGCCUUAAGAUAAUCCAGUGCUUUCAUUAUGAGAGUCUGUUGCAAAAGUACAAGCAUUGGUAUACAUGUUCAUUUUAAUCGACAAAAACAUCUGCUACUUAUGCCAAAGAAGCUAAGAAAUAUACUAUCACCUUGUGACCUUGUGGAAUCUCCAAGUAUCUUUAAAGUAUUAUAUUUGUAAGAAAAACUAAAUGUUGACAUUUGUAGGACUGUUUAUCAGGUAUGGUUAAUUCUAUAGUGGCUUGUUUUUGAGUUGAACAAAAUGUACAGUACUGUGUAAAAGUCUUAGGCACCCGACGUUUUUUAGAUCAGUUUUGCUUGUUUGUCUUCUGGAAUAGCUACUGUGUCAAUAGGAGCAAUUUUUAUAUUUCACAAACAUACAUUUUCAAACCAAACUCUUACAUCUUAUACCACAGCACUGUUGAAUUCUCAGAAGGUGUUGAUUAAUUUUCUAUAACAGUAGCUCUGACAGUAGUGCAGCUGCAAAUCACAGGUUUAUAUUUGUAUCGCACAUAAUCGCUCCACACAAUAAUGGUUCAAAAAAGUGUAUGAUCGUAAAGAUUUCUGUAAAGAGAGAUUUAUGGAACAUUUAUGAAAGAAGUCUCCAGUGUCAGCAAUGUAACAUCCUCUAUAGGAGAGUCUUCUCUCUGACACGCUGCAUUUUUAAAAAAUAUUAAAAAAAAAAAUGUUUAUAGCUACCUAAUAGGAACCACCUUGUCAUUCUUUAAUAAAUAAGAAAUGUUAGCAUUUAGAUUAUUAAAUUGCUGUGAUAUAAAAGGAAUAAAACACUUCAGGACCUGCUAUUAUUGGAAGCUUUGCAGUUGUAACAGUAACUCUGGUUUAAAUAUAGCCACUUUUUAGAUUUAAAAAAAAAAAACAUAAUGGAGGGUGUCUGGUUUUA